GUUGCCGCUUGUUUUUUGACAUUUUGGUCAGCAAGUGUUUAUACCCGGUUUAUGUUUUUCUGUAUGGUUCCAUAGUAUCUUUAACAAUAAAAUAAUUAAAUUCGAAAAACCAUGACAAAAACUGAAAUCAGCGAAAUGCCUAAAAUUCAGUUGGGUGACUACAUAGUAAUUCAGCGACAAAAGUACACUAAAUUGCAGAAAUUCGGCAAUUUGGAUACAACAUCUAUGCUGGGUAAAGAACAAUUGGAAUUACGCGGGCUUUUGGAUCAACCGUACAGUGCCACUUUUAAAAUGUGCCCCAAAGAAACCACACCUUCCAAGCAGCGUGGACAACGCAAUCUGCGUCUACACACACUACAGCUGUGUAAUGAAUUAGAAAUGCGCGACAUACGUGAUCGUUUGGGCAUUUCGGCAAGUGGUGCUGAUAAUCGCGACAUAAUUGACGAUGGCGAUUCGCAAGCGUUGCGACCACAGGAUAUCGAAGAGCUGCGGGAACAGCAUAGUGAAUCGACUAAAAUUAUCGAAAAGAUUGUUGAAAACUCCAAAACAUUUCACGCCAAGACCGAGUAUUCGCAAGAGAAAUAUUUGCGUAAAAAGGAGAAGAAAUACUUUGAAUUUGUGCAAAUACAUCGACCCACACUGCGUUUAAUUACAGAGAUUUACUAUCGACAAGAUGCUGACAAAGUGAUGGGUAUGCGUUUGGACACACUCUCACAACUUAUCUCCUACUCAGGCGUGAGUGCAUUUGGCAACUAUUUGAUGUACGAAAGUGGCACAAAUGGCUUGUUACCAGCAAGCUUCCUGAAUUCAAUGGGUGCUGGUACCGAGGCAACAUUGGUACACAUGCACCCCGGUAAUGUGCCACAAAAGCAGGCAAUGUUAGCUUUAAAUUUGCCACUCGAACAAUUGCAGCGUUGCAUUUCGGUAAAUUUGUAUUCCGUAUUACGUGAAUACUAUCAGGGGGAGGGACAUGAAAACUCGGAACAUGCAGCAGUGCCAGGCACACCAUUAGAAGAGAUAGAGCCAAGCAGCAAAAAACAGAAACUAAACGAUGGUGAUGCAGCACCCACGACAACGUCUUCUACAAGUAGUGAUAGUAAUGGCGAAAACAAUGAGACCCCAACGAUAUCAUCAGCUAACAUAUCUGUGCAAGCACAGAAAUGGCAAGUGGAAAACCGUCGCGCCUGUGAACUCAUGCACGCAAAAUUCGAUGGGCUUGUCAUUGCUGCCAAGGAACAUCCGAGCAACAUAGUACAAGCCUUAUUACCAUUUGUAAAAUCUUCCCGACCUAUUGUUGUAUACAGCCAAAGUAAAGAGCUGCUCAUGGAUUUGCAUGUAGAGCUAAAGAGCAGUUCAAAUGCCACAAAUCUGCAUUUGACUUCAAAUUGGUUACGUUAUUACCAAAUAUUACCUAACCGCACGCAUCCGGAAGUAAAUAUGAAUGGUAAUAGUGGUUACCUCUUGUCCGGUUAUACUAUAGGUUAACAGUUUUAGUUUAUAAUAAUUAUUUUACUAUAAUUAAAUACAGUCAUAUGUAUGUAUGUAAAUUAUUGACGUA